GGGUACUUCAAAAUUUGGAUCAACUUGGUCCACUGCAGAGUAUAACAAAUAUAACAGACAUGGAUUCGCCACAGUAUUUUCAGUUGGAUGGUAGAAGGUACCCAGAGGAUCUUGAUUGGCUUCUCUCUGAGUGGAGCGAGUGCGAAGCAUGCGAUCAGGAAACCGAGACCCGGACGGCGAUAUGCGCUGAUAAGGACGGAAAGGUGUAUCCGCACGAGCUCUGUCAGUUGGCAGUCCCAGAACUCUCCCGUCCUUGCAGCUCGCUGAAGGUCCAGACCAAGUGGUUUUCCUCUGGUUGGAGCACUUGCUCCGCUACCUGUGGAAAGGGUAUUCAGACCCGCCUCGUAAUCUGCGAGCAGUUCAAUAGCCAGACGAUGACUCCACAAGAGGACUACAUGUGCGACCCGGCAUCGAAACCCACAUACCAGCAGGAAUGCUUGGGUGAAUGCUCCUAUCUGGACAAGAAGGAUAGCCCUACCGAAGGAUCUCCUGAAUGGAGUAAGAAUAUGUGUGAGCUGAAUUCCGAAACGGGUAAUUGCUCCAACUAUGUGAUCCACUACUACUAUCACGCCGAGACUCAGACGUGUGCCCCAUUUUACUACGGCGGUUGCGGUGGCAAUGGAAACCGCUUUGCUACUGUGGAGUCCUGUUUGAUGCACUGUAACCCAAAUAUCCUGAACACUUCCCGACCCAACCUGGCACUCCCUACUCCAUCUUUGGACCAGUGUGAACAGCCUGCCGCUGCAGGGGAAUGCAGUGAAUGGGUCCUGAAGUGGAGCUUCAAUUCCACAGAGGGUAGCUGUAAACAAUUCUACUAUGGAGGAUGCGGAGGCAAUGAUAAUCGCUUUGAAUCCGAGGAGGAAUGCUCGUCCCGCUGCGAACAGGGAGCUGUGGAGGAGCAACAGCAACAGGAACCGCUGCCGGAAAGUAGUCCCGACUACUUCGACACCACCAUCACCAAUCUAGAAGUUCCUACUCCAACUCCAGAUGUAUUUCCAACUGUGGACCAGUGUGAACAGCCUACUGAUGCAGGUGAAUGCGCGGAAUGGGACCUAAAGUGGAGCUUCAAUGCCACAGAGGGUCGCUGCCAGCAGUUCUACUAUGGCGGAUGCGGGGGCAAUGAUAACCGCUUUGCAUCCGAGGAGGAGUGCUCAUCCCGCUGCGAACAGGGAGCUGUGGAGGAGCUACCGAAACAUGAACCGCUACCGGCAAUUAAUCCCAACUCGUCGGACACCUCCAGUCUCAAACCAACACCCCCUACACCAACUCCAGCUGUGGACCAGUGUGAACAGCCUGCCGAUGCAGGGGAAUGCGGGAAAUGGAGCCUGAAGUGGAACUACAAUUCAACAGAGGGUCGCUGUAAACAAUUCUACUAUGGAGGAUGCGGGGGCAACGAUAACCGCUUUGAAUCCGAGGAGGAAUGCUCAACCCGCUGCGCACAAAGAGCCGUGGAGGAGCAACAGGAACCGCUGCCGGAAAGUAGUCCCAACUACUUUGUCACCACCAUCACCAAUCUAGAAGUUCCUACUCCAACUCCAGAAGUAUCUCCAGCUGUAGACCUGUGUGAACAGCCUGCUGAUGCAGGUGAGUGCGCGGAAUGGGGCCUGAAAUGGCACUACAAUUCUACAGAGGGUCGCUGCCAGCAGUUCUACUAUGGCGGAUGCGGGGGCAAUGACAACCGCUUUGGGUCCGAAGAGGAAUGCUCAGCCCGCUGCGAACACAGAGCGGUGGAGGAACAUCAGGAACAGCUGCCCGAAAAUCGUCCCUACUCCUCCGACACCUCUAAGUGCUUCCUGGCAUCCGAGCCGGGCAACUGCUUCGAGGACGAGAUCCGCUGGUACUACAACAGCCAACUGGGACUCUGCGACGAGUUCGUCUACACGGGCUGUGGCGGCAAUGCCAACAACUACGCCAGCGAGGAGGAGUGCCAACACGAAUGCCAUGAUGCCCAGACCGCCUGUGGACUGCCACCUGUCCAAGGACGAUGCAGUGACCUCUCCAGGCGCUGGUUCUUCGAUGAGCGCAGCGGUGGAUGCCACGAGUUUGAGUACACCGGAUGCCGCGGUAAUCGCAACAACUUCCAGUCGGAGAACGAGUGCCUCGGCAUCUGCCGGAGUCAAAAAGAAGUGGAACUUCCUGAGUUACCUCCUCCAGCACCGAUCUAUUCCCAGUGCAAUGCGCCUCUGGAGUCGGGCGGAUGCGACGAUCACAUUAGUGCCUGGUUCUACGACAAGAAAUUUAAGGUCUGCACAAUGUUCACCUACAGCGGCUGCGGCGGAAACGGAAACCGCUUUGAGACGCGCGAAAAGUGUGAGAAACAAUGCAGGAAUGUUCCCGAAUUGGUUGAUGUCCAAGCCGUAUUGAAGUUGGACUGGAAGAAUAGCUACACAAGCGGAUCUACCAUUUCCAUGACCUGCUCCGUACAAGGCUAUCCAAAACCCAAUGUGACCUGGACCAAGGACGACGUGGCUCUUUACCACAGUGAGCGGGUUCAAAUUAAUUCCGAGCCAAAUAGUCUGGUACUGAGAUCUGUGACCCCUGACGAUUCGGGAAACUACAUCUGCACAGCCAAUAAUGGGUUCACUCAGGCUAGUGACGAAGCUAAUGUUUUUAUUCCCUCUGAGGUACAGGUGCCUCUGGGUUGUACUGAUAUACCAUUUUUUUCCAACUGCCAUAUGGUCGUCCAGAACUUCCACUGUAACAACCCAUACUUCAAAAAUUCCUGCUGCCGUUCCUGUACUUUGGCGGGCCAAAUUGCUCACCGGUAGACUGUUACUACUACU